AUGAGUACAGCUAAAGUUUCGACGAUCGAAUUAACAUCAAAUUGUGUUGAAAUAAUGUUAAGUUCUUUAGAAACAGCAUUAAUAUGUCCAAGCAGUUUACAAUUAUUUGAAGAUCCUGUUUUAACUGAAGAUGGUCAUAUAUAUGAACGAACAGCUAUUACAGAAUGGAUUCAUCUAAAUGGAACGAGUCUUCCUACACGACAACCAUUGAGUAUUGAUCCUUUACGUCCAAAUCUUACUAUAAAAAAAGUAGUAGAUGAUUUUGAAAAUAAUAUUCAAAGUAAAAAUCAUAAAUUUAAAAUAGGUAUUGAUAUUCGACAUGAUAAACGAGCACUUUUUCAAAUAUUUGGCAAAAGAAUCUAUAAAGCUGAAUGGAUUACUCAAGAACAAUGA